AUGGCCUUUUCGCGCACUGCUCGCCUGGCUCCCCGCCUCACCGCCGUCUCUCGGCCUGCCUUUGCCCGUGCUGGGCUCUCGGUCUCUCAGCGAGCUGCCUUUUCCGUCUCGGCUCGCCACAUGAAAUCCGAGGUCAUUAAGGAGACCGAGGUUCCUGUCACGGUGUACAGCCCCGACCACAAGGGCGUCGCCACUAGCAACUCCGACCACUUCAGCAUUCCCGUUAAGAACGGUGCCGUUGCCCCCGAGGUUAAUGCCGAGGAGGAGGAUGCUGUCCACCCGCUGCAUGAUAAGGUCUACAGGCAGAUGCCCCGCACCCUCCAAAAGAUGAGCGUUCACGGCAAGGUCAUCAUCAUCACUGGUGGUGCUCGUGGUCUCGGCAACCAUAUGGCUCGUGCCUGCGCCGAGGCCGGUGCCAAGGCUAUCGCCAUCUUCGACGCGAACCAAGACCUCGGUGACGAGUCUGCCGCUGAGCUGCACCAGAAGACUGGCCUCCCGGUUUCCUUCUUCAAGGUCGAUGUUCGUGAUGGUAGCGCGAUUGACGCCGCUGUCCAGAACGUUGUCGACCUUUAUGGUGCUCCCGACGUCCUCGUCAACUCGGCUGGUAUUGCCGACUCCAACAUCAAGGCUGAGACUUAUGACCCGGCUAUGUUCCGCCGUCUGAUCGACAUCAACCUCACUGGUUCUUUCCUCAUGUCCCAGUCUGUCGGUCGCGCCAUGAUGGCCGCUGGCAAGCCGGGCUCCAUCAUCCUGGUCGCCUCCAUGUCUGGCUCCAUCGUCAACUACCCCCAGGAGCAGUCGUGCUACAACGCCUCCAAGGCGGGUGUCAUUCAGCUCGGCAAGUCGCUCGGUGCUGAGUGGGCCAAGCACGGCAUCCGUGUUAACUGCAUCUCGCCCGGCUACAUGGACACUGCCCUCAACAAGGUCCCUGCCCUGGACGCCCAGAAGAAGAUCUGGAAGUCGCUCACUCCCCAGGACCGCCUCGGCAACGUGGACGACCUCAACGGUCUCUGCGUCUUCCUGGCUUCUGACGCCUCCGGCUUCAUGACCGGCUCCAACGUCAUCAUCGACGGUGGCUACACGCUUUACUAA